AUGUGUGCCUCCAGCGGUGGGUGUUAUGCAUUAGUCAUAUGCGAAAAUGGAGCGUGUCGACCCAAAACCGACGACCGACCGACCAGCCCUGAAUGGUCAGAUCGAGAUGUGAUGAAUCAACUGUGUCCAGAGACGACGUGUCCAGAGCUUGCGCUGGUAAUGGAUCUUAUGAAGCCCACCCGUCGUGGCUAUGGUUUGUCUGGGCCGGUUCUGGGUGGCGCACUGGACAGCUAG